UCUGCAACAGAACUCAACUCUCCCUUUAACGACGAGGACAGAGCAGUAGUCGGCGACGAGGUGAAGGAAUUAACACUAUGGGAUUACCAAGAGGAGGUCCUAACUCCAGCAUGGAAGGGACAAAACGCCAUGGUGGUCUUGCCAACAGGGACAGGAAAAACAGAAGUCGCCAUCGCUCUUAUAAAUCGUCUGUUCUCGGCCCGCUACCAUGUAGGGGCCACUAAUCAUCGAAGGCAGAAGAGUGUGUUCGUAGUGAACAAGGUUCCCCUAGUGAAACAACAGAAGGACAGGUGUCUGAAAUACUUGAGGGGAAAGUGUGAGGUCGCUGGAACUAGCGGUGAAGAGUUGAACGAUGCGUCAUUGGACAGCAUCAUCGAUACCAACGACAUCACCGUCUUGACGGCCCAAGUGCUCAUCAACGCCCUCAAAGAUAAGAACACUAAGCUCCAACUCUCUGACAUUGCACUCCUUGUCUUAGACGAAUGUCACCACUGCCAGAAAUCUGAUCCAUACAAUGUUCUGAUGGCGAUGUAUAGAGACCUAAAGCUAAACUCUCCGAAACUUCCGCGACCACAGAUACUUGGACUGACAGCAUCACCUGGUGUUGGGGAUUCGAAGAACAUCGUGGAGGCUGAACGCUACAUCACAAAGCUCUGUGCUAACCUAGAUUGUAGAAUAUCACGACCAAAGAUCUAUGCUGACCAGCUUAAUGCGAGGAGUAACUCACCCCAGGAAAUUCUGAUAAUAAUGAAAGGUAGACCUCUUGAAGAUCCUUUCUUCCGUGAGAUAAAUGUCAUCAUGGAACGCAUCGAAGCUAAAAUCAAACUCUCGGAAGCCGGAAGAGCGCUGAUGAAGGAAAAUGACGAAUUCACUAAAUUGGUAUCUCGCCGUGGUACGCAAAGCUAUGAACAGGGUGUGCUCAAUUUAAAGAAGAAGAUUCAACAAAAAAUAGAAAAUCGAGACAACAGGAGGGAACUAAUGACCUGUGUGAACUACCUAAGGGAAUACAACAACAGCUUAUUCAUAAAUCGUGAUGCACGUACGUCAGAUGCCAUCUCCUACAUGGAGGACUACAUCAAAGAAGAAGAGAGGAGCAAUCCUUCAGGCUCUGCUGAUAAGAGCCUAAAGAAAAUGUUCAGAGAUAACCUUGAGACUUUAAACCGAAUCGCCAAUCUGCAUGCCAUCAAUCCCGUCUUGAAUGAGCUUGGCAGGCAACUGAAGAAAGCGUAUGCACGGAAUGAGGAAUCCCUUAGCAUCAUCUUUACAAAGACAAGAGCGUCUGCCAAGGCUCUGGAAAAGUGGAUCAAUGAAGACCCUGAUCUGAAUCACAUCAAUGCUGGCAAAUUGACAGGAGGUGGUAAUCAAGGUAUGACGUCAACAGAACAGAAUAGGAACCUGCAGUUGUUCAAGGAUAAGAAGUACAGGAUCUUAGUUGCCACAUCGGUCGCAGAAGAAGGUCUGGACAUUACGGAAUGCAACAUGGUCUUCAGAUACAACUACGUGACCAGCGAUAUUGGUUAUGUCCAAACUAAAGGUCGAAGCCGGUCCAAAUUUAGCGGGAAAAUCUUCGUCAUUGUGAAUUCCGACCUCCAGCUUCAGGAUCGUGAGCUCAAGAACAUCAUACGGGUGAAGAUGAUGAACGAGGUUGUUCAAAGCAUUGCUGAUUCCACAUUAGACAAUCAAAGAGCCUUUGAUGAUCGGAUUCUGAGGGAACAGAAGAAUGAUCAGAAAGAGCGACAGCGGGAGGAAGCUCUUGCGCGAAUCACCAAAGUAAUCAAAGUAGAGAAAUCGGGCAUAGUCCUCUAUUGCAUCAAGUGCCUCAAAGAGGCCUGCAGUCUAGAUGAUAUCAGGUGCAUCAAAAACAUGCACCACGUCGUCAUCGACGACCUCUUCCUGGACAAGACGAGGCUCGUUGAUCUCAAGAAGCAGCCAGUCGUCGACGACUUCAAGUUCAUGCAGAAGAUCCACUGUGGCUAUUGCCAGAGUAAAUGGGGCAAAUUGAUGGUGUAUCAGCAGCAAAAGUAUCCGUUGAUUGAUAUCAAGAACUUUACGCUCAUGGAUGACAAGCGUAAGAAGUGGUCUCCCAGUGCCUGGAAGGAAGUCCCUUUCGUGAUCCGUUCGAUUGAUCCGGAUGAUCUUGGAAAUCAGAACAAUUUCUCUACAGCUGAGAAUCCAGAAGGGGGUCAGGAGAAGGGAGAAAUCGAGGAAGACGACGACCUCAUCGAGUAUUCAAACAUGAUGCAGAUUGACUAAUAGAUGCCGUGAAGAGUGACUCAAAAAGGGGCCACAAUAUGAAGUUUGCAGAAUAGACAAUUAUAUAUAUAUGAUUUUUAUGACAUUGCAAAUCAAGAACUAUUUUACCUAGAGACUGAACUUGUAGGUGUCCAAAAUAUCUCAUUCGUGACUGAUAAUCAUGCUACACACAAUGCAAUAAUGUCAAAGAUAUACGUGUAGGGAAGUCGUUGUGAUUUGAAUGAAACUAUUUAAUUGUAAAUCUAUAGUAUACCAGUUUCAAUCCACAAUACCUGAUAUCAUGUAUAAUGUGUUUUUUAUAUAUCCGUCAUACACCAUUAUAAUAGAUGGAUGUAUUGAAGUAUUUUUUAAUAAUAUUUUAAAGGAUGCAUCGAAGUUAGUAAUAUAGUAAUAAUGACUGCUUUAGGAGACAUAGCUGUUUUUAUACGCUCAAGGGGAGGUUACAAUCGUGCUAUUUGUAUGGAGAAUUUCACGUACCCAAUUCGCACACACACAGUGUAUGGUAUCCGCGCUCGCUCAAACCAGAUUAUAGCACGUGAACCAAUGGGUAUUUCAGCAAGAUUGAACUAUUUUCCCGGUAACUGGAAUUUUGCCGGGAUUUUACUGAUUUACUCUACAACUAUUACAUAAUUUUGGCAUUUUUCGUUUAUUUACGGGAAUGGCUAAAAUCAUGACUGCAAUUUCGACCAAUCAGAUGGCUGGAUUUCUUAAGUGAGGUAUAUAACUAGUAAUAUCAUACAGAUCUUCUCUGAUACCUUAUAAUCUAAAAGCUAGGAACCUUUUAAUACAUUAUGUAUAUAGUAAAGCAAAUAAUUCAAUUCGGAUAAUCCACCGUUACGGCAAUACACAAUUGAUAGUUAAACAGUUGAAAUAAAAAUCCCUGAAAUCACU